AUGUCUUCCACUGUCAGAACCAUUGUUCACGUCGUUCUCUUCAAGCUGAAGCCCUCAGCGAACGCGGGGGAGUUCGAGUCCAGGAUGGCGAAGCUUGCCGAUCUGCCUACCGUUCAGAAGCUUUCAUCCGGGCCCACCUUCAAUACGCAGCGCGCGCAGGGUUUUACACAUGUGCUGGUCGUCGAUUUUGCCGAUAAGGACGGUCUUGAGAAGUACAGCGUGCAUGGAGAUCACUUGAAGUUCGUGGACUAUGUCAAAGAGACUGUCGAACCAGGAGGCAUACUUGCUGUGGACAUUGAGAAGUAG